UAGGAUUUCCUUUCUGACAUUCUCUUUGUGUCAGGGAUAUGCCACGUGUACAUAAUAUAAAUUAGAUGGUCGAAUGUAACGAACAACGACCGUAACAGGUCCGGGUCAGUUUCCCGAAUCCGGUUCUUGUUUCUCUUACGACGUUCUUCAUCAAUGGCAAUGAUCAUCAUUUUCAUUGCAUUUUCUUAAUCCCUAAAUUCUUUCAAUUUUUUCAUUCAAUUUACUGUCACUUUUCCCUUACUCUAAAUCUUUGUCAAUACAAUUUUCUUCUUCAUUUCUUUCAAUUUCAACUGAGCUGCUUUUUUUUUUUUAUUUAAACAAAAACCCAGCUCCCCAUUUCUGCAUUGAUCAUCGACCGUGUUAUUCCAUUUGGGGGAUUAUUUUUUUUAAAAAAAAUGUCGUAUUGUGGGAAAUUUUUGAGGAUCCAUUGAGACAUUUUAGCGAUCAAUUGGUGUGCAUUUGGAAAGUUAAAGGAAGGGGGUGGGAACCCAAGGUUUUAUUUUUUAUUUUUUUGAUGCGAUUGAUAGAGAAACGGCGCCAUUAGAUGGCGCUGUUCAGACGAUUUUUCUAUAGGAAGCCGCCGGAUCGGCUUCUAGAGAUCUCUGAACGGGUCUAUGUGUUUGAUUGUUGCUUCUCAACGGACGCAUUGGACAAAUAUGAGUACAAGACAUACAUGGGAGGUAUUGUAGCUCAGCUGCAGGAUCAUUAUCCAGAUGCUUCUUUCAUGGUUUUUAAUUUCAAAGAAGGAGAUCACAGGAGCCAAAUAUCAGAUAUAUUAACGCAGUAUGAUAUGACUGUCAUGGAUUAUCCUCGGAAAUAUGAGGGGUGUCCUGUAUUGCCACUGGAGAUGAUCAAGCACUUCUUGCGAUCCAGUGAGAGCUGGCUUUCAAUCGAGGGCCAACAAAAUGUACUGUUGAUGCACUGUGAGAGGGGUGGGUGGCCUGUACUUGCUUUCAUGCUUGCUGGUCUUCUUUUGUACAGAGAACAGUACACCGGUGAACAGAAGACACUUGACAUGGUAUACAGGCAAGCUCCUAAGGAACUUCUCUAUGUUUUAUCACCUCUGAAUCCACAGCCAUCUCAGCUUAGAUAUCUUCACUAUAUCACCAGAAGAAAUAUUGGCUUAGAUUGGCUGCCAUCAGAUAUACCUUUUGCUUUAGAUUGUAUUAUACUCAGGGUCCUUCCUCAAUUUGAUGGUGGGAGGGGCUGCCGACUGAUGGUUCGUGCCUAUGGUUUGGACCCUGCUUCACCGACGUCCAAUAGGAGUUCUAAACUCCUCUUUUCAACUUCAAAGACAAAACAUCAUGGCCGCCUCUACCGACAGGAAGAGUGUGCACUGGUGAAAAUAGAUAUCCACUGUCAUGUUCAAGGAGAUGUUGUUCUUGAGUGCAUCCAUUUGGAAGAUGAUCUAGUUAGGGAAGUAAUGAUAUUCAGGGCUAUGUUCCACACGGCAUUUAUUCGCUCAAAUGUUUUGAUGUUAACUCGUGAUGAAGUUGAUGUCCCAUGGGAUGCAAAAGACCAAUUUUCCAGGGAGUUCAAAGCAGAGGUACUCUUUUCGGAUGCUGAUGCUCUUCCACCUAUUAUAACCACUGAAGCACCAGAUGAGGAUGAUAAUGCGACUGAGGGAGCAUCACCCGACGAGUUCUUUGAGGUGGAAGAGAUAUUCAGCAAUGCUGUUGAUUCACAGGAUGGAAGAGGGGAACCUGAUGCCCAUUCAGUUCAGGACAGUAUGCAGGAUGAUGACAACAUUGAAACAUGGAAAGAAGAGUUGGAGCAUCAUGCCUUUCAAGACUGUUCAUUUGUUGAAGGUCAUCGCAAACUAGAAGGAAAUAUGGAUUCUACUCAACAAGCAUCAAAAACAAAUGGUUUAGGGGAUAAGGACCACUUGAUAAACUCCGAGGCUGUUAUUUCUGAUGUUUCUAGUCGCAAAGACUCAGAAGCACAAACAUCGGGGGCAAAUGUCAUGUCACAAGGAGAUAAUAAGCAAGAUAUAGAAGGCCCCUUGAGACAGGAGAGGCAGGGUGCACAGUUUACUGCUGAUAUCAAUAAAGGAAAGAAUGAGAAGGCACCUUCAUCUCUAAAGAAACAACUAGCAUCAAGCUCCAAACUUGCUGUGGAUGGGAUUGGACCUAAAAAUAAAUCUAAACAGAAAGAAUCUCAGGCAACUCUAUCUCGACUAGCGAAGCCAAAUGCAGUGUCUCGGUGGAUCCCUUCUAAUAAAGGUUCUUACACUAAUUCAAUGCAUGUGGCGUAUCCAGCAUCAAGGUAUAAGAGUGCUCCACCAGCGCUUGCUGUUACAAAGGAUUCUCAAUCUGGGUUUAAAUCAAAAUCGCCCUCUCCUCGAGCUUCUUCAGAAGCUAAAAUUCUAGCUGGAUCUGGUCGUAUUCCAAAGAAACGCUCUUCAUGUCCUGCAUCAUUAGACAUGUCAACAACAGUCAAGGAGGCACCUGUUGCAAUGACCUCUUCAUCAGAAUCAGUUGAGAGUCAGGCACUUGACCUUCAGGCAUCCCCUUCAAGUCCCCUACCUUCAUUUCAAUAUCCAAGUACUUUAUCACUUGAAUUGCCUCCUAUUCAGGAAGCAAGUACCAACAUGCCAGCUUCCACAACGCCACCUGAGUCUUCGCAGAAAGACCACAUUAUAUCUGCUUCUUUGACCCACCACUCCUCCCCUCCCCCACCUCCACCACCACCUCCACCUCCACCUUCUCAAAUCCUAUCACAUAAUCGAAAUGUCAAAUCCUUAUCACCACCUCCACCUCCUCCACCUCCACCUCCACCAUCAAAUAGUUUGAGAAAGACUCAGAUAGGUAGCUCUCAUAGUCAAAAUGUCAAAUCCUUUUCACCACCACCCCCGCCUCCACCUCCGCCUUCCCCUCCAUCAUCAAAUGGCUUGAGAAUGGCUCAUAUGGGUAGCUCUCAUCCCCCUCCCCCUCCUCCCCCACCUUUACCACCCACAUUAUCUACUGUACUGAAAGUUGGUAGGGUAUUGUCACCAACCCCCUCACCCACUUCUUUGCCAAAUGUGGCUUGUGCAGCAUCUUCCUUGGUAGCAUUAACUCCACCUCCACCUCCACCUCCACAUGCACCAAAGCUAGAAAGACUUAGAAUAUCCACUCCACCACCACCACCUCCUCCCCCUCCCCCUCUCCCUAUACCUGCAAUUUACAGUGCCCCUCCACCACCUCCACCACCUCCACCAUUUCCAAUUGUGCCUGGAGUUCCUUCUUCGCUAACAAUGAGUGAUCCACCACCACCACCACUUACUUCUUCACCUAAGCUACCUUCUUUACUUGGUGCUUCAGCUUCACCUCCCCCACCUCCUAUGCAGGUAUCUCCUCCUUCACCACCUUCACAGAAUGAUUCUGUUCCACCAACCUCAACUCCUUCACGGAAUGCACCUCUCCCACCUUCGCCUCCACCAAGUCCACCUCUAUCUACACCUUCACUUCAACCUCCACCAAGUCCACCUCUAUCUACACCUUUACCUCCACCUCCACCUCCACCUCCACCAAGAAAUGAUCCGGCCCCAACUCGACCUCUAUCUCCACCCCCAACCCCAACCCCAACCGGCCCACCAGCUCCUCCACCACCCCCUUACGGUGGCCCACCAGCUCCUCCACCUCCUUCCUACGGUGGCCCACCAGCUCCUCCACCUCCCCCGGGUGGAGGUCCUCCAGCUCCUCCACCUCCCCCUGGUGGUGGAGGACCACCUCCUCCUCCUCCUCCUCCUGGUGGAGCACCACCUCCUCCACCCCCUCCUGGAGGUGGUGCACCUGGUCCACCUCCUCCACCACCUCCAGGAGGUAGAGCACCGGGUCCACCUCCCCCACCACCUCCAGGAGGUAGUGCACCUGGUCCACCUCCUCCUCCUGGAGCUCCAAGAGCACCAGGUGGUGGACCUCCCCCACCACCACCAUUUGGCGCUAAAGGACCUGGGGCAGCCGGCAGAGGACUUCCUGCUGGGAGAGCUCCAGCGCUUUCACGGUCAAGAUCUAAUUUAAAACCAUUGCACUGGAGCAAGGUAACCAGGGCACUACAGGGAAGCCUAUGGGAGGAACUGCAGAGACAUGGAGGGCCUCAAAUUGCACCAGAGUUUGAUGUGUCAGAAAUUGAGAUUCUUUUCUCAGCCACCCCCAAGGCAAGUAGUGCGGGUAAAUCUGGAGCAAAGAAGAAGUCUGCUGAUUCUAAGCCAGACAAGGUUCAACUGGUUGACCUAAGAAGGGCAAACAAUACGGAGAUUAUGCUCACAAAGGUGAAAAUGCCACUUCCAGACAUGAUGGCAGCUGCACUGGCAAUGGAUGAGUCAAUUUUAGAUGCAGAUCAGGUGGAGAAUCUGAUAAAAUUUUGUCCUACGAAAGAAGAGAUGGAUCUUCUUAAGGGUUACACUGGUGACAAGGAGCUUCUGGGGAAGUGUGAACAGUUCUUUUUGGAGUUGAUGAAGGUGCCACGAGUAGAGUCGAAAUUAAGAGUGUUUCUUUUCAAGAUUCAGUUCAAGGCUCAGGUGACAGACUUCAAGAAAAGCUUAACCACUGUGAACUCUGCAUGCGGAGAGGUCCGAAGUUCUUUAAAAUUGAAGGAGAUAUUGAAGAAAAUUUUGUUUCUUGGGAAUACGUUAAAUCAGGGAACUGCCAGAGGUUCUGCCAUUGGAUUUAAGUUGGACAGUCUUUUGAAGCUCGCUGAUACACGUGCUACGAACAACAAGAUGACACUCAUGCAUUAUCUUUGCCAGGUUCUUGCUUCCAAGACACCAGAGCUUUUAGACUUCCAUGAAAGUCUUGUAAGCAUGGAAGCUGCAUCAAAGAUUCAAUUGAAGUCUUUGGCAGAAGAAAUGCAAGCAAUCAUCAAGGGGCUGGAAAAAGUUAAGAAGGAACUAGAGUCAUCUGUGAAUGAUGGCCCGGUGUCUGAAAUCUUUUGCAAGACCUUAAAGGAAUUCAUUGGUGCAUCUGAAGCAGAGGUGGGAUCUCUCCGGGAUUUGUAUUCUGUGGCGGGCAGAAAUGCAGAUGCACUUGCGCUAUAUUUUAAUGAGGAUCCCGCCAAAUGUCCAUUUGAACAAGUCACUGCAACCCUCUUAAAUUUUGUGAGGUUAUUCCGGAAAGCCCAUGAGGAGAACUUGAAGCAGGCUGAACAAGACAAGAAGAAAGUUCAGAAGGAAGCCGAAAUGGAGAACGCAGAAAAGAAGCAGCUUAAAAAAGAAGGGUGAGAAUUAAAUGGGGAUGAUUCAUGCUUCAGGGAAUUUUUGGAGUCAUGUGGCCUCUGUCUGUUGGUUAACUAAGGACAUUGGUAUUAAGUCAAACCAGAAGCCUCCAAUAUCGAUCUAUCGGUUUUGGCUUUCUCUGGGCUCAAGAAAGAACGUCGAACAUUAAAGCUCGUGAACCUGGAAAUAGCAGAAGUGCUUUGCAGAGGGAAACUGAAAAGGACACAUUCUUGUCUGGGCUCUUGGAGUGCUUUGCAGAGAGAAGCUGUUGUCUGAGCUCUUGGAUGAUGCAAGGAACCCGUUGGUCCAAAAAUCGAUCGCCUGGAUUUUGUUAUUGACGGGUGAUCAUGACUGCCGUCCGUCCUGGAGCGUGUGCUGCAUGAUUAAACAGAGAAAUGCAUCUAAAGAAUGUAAAUUUGGCUAUGCAUUUGUUGAACCAACACGAUGGAGUCGUUGUCGGCGUGUUCACCUUGAUGGAGAUUAUGCCAUGCAAAAUGUGAAUUGGAAGUGUAACAUGAAUAGUUUGUACAAAGCUCAACUAACCCCUGUAUUUAGAUCUCUAGUUCAUUCUUUUCAUUGUAACAUAGAAACGGGUUCCUUGUCAGGGGAAUCCAACACGGAAAGUUGUACAGAAAGCAUAGAAGAGGAUAGAAAUAGGUAUUUUUAGCAAUAGCAGUGUAACAAAAUGUAGGCUGUAGGGUUAGUUUCCCACCUUCCUUUAGAAUCAAAUUUUGGAAAAUAAUAUGAUAUCUUCAUUCAUUGAUCUUGAAAUCUUGUUAUUUUUCAUACUUGGA